CUUUGCAGGUCCUAAUGUUACCCUAUCCUGGUCCUACCUACAGUAAUGGUUUGAUGACAUUAAGUCAUAUAAUAUUCAGUCGUUUGUAAUAUCAUUUUAGAAUUAAAUUUCUGUCAUUUAAAGAGUGAAAUGGAUAAGACAGGAGUUUGCAGCAGCACCUGUAAUACCAUAAGGACAGAUCUCAGUUUGUUGCUUGAGUGUCUGAAGUUUCAGAUGAAAUGUCCUGAUUUGCAGAAACAAGCUCUUCUUACCAUUCACUCAAUCUGUGAAAAGAGAGAGGAUAAUGUGGACCUGCUGAGAGAAAUGGGAGGCGUGGCAUUUGUGUAUAAUCUCUCCAAAUCCAGUAUUGUUCAUUCAGAUGUUAAGGAGACUGCACUCUUUACACUCGGCACGCUGGCAGAAGCCAAUGUGUAUUGCAAGAAUUCUCUGUGCAGAAAGGAGACAUUUGCAGACCUUGCUGGUUGGUUGAUAAAAGAAGACAUCCCGCUGACACAGAAGAGAGUGUCUGUCUAUUUGCUGUCUGUGUUGGUAGCAAACAACAAAUCAGGACAGACUUUAGCCCAAACCACUGGCUGCCUGGAUAUUCUGCUGGACCUCUUCAGGACCACUUUCCCCCUCUCCACAGAGGCUACUUUGAGAGCAGCUAAUGCUACUCAAACCUACCAGCUUUGGGCAUCUGUGUCUAGUGCUCUGUGUGGAUGUGUCAACAACCCGCAGAAUGAGGAGGGUCAGCGUGUUUGUGUGGCAGCCUUUCCCAUAAUAAAGAUCUGGCUUCAGCAGAUUGAUCUGCCACGCACUGAGAUUUUUCAGCCCAUAUGUUCCUUCAUAGCAAUGACAGUUGCCAACAACUCCUGUGUUCAGGAGAGUUUUUCUGUCUCGGGGGGUCUGGAUACUCUCACUCUUGCACUGGUUUGUCUUGCUUCUGCAGCAGGUACAAGUUUGUUGUCUUGCCAGCUUUCAGUCACUAUAUCCAAGACCCUGUCAGCUUGCAUCUCUGAAAACUCUUCUUUGGCUUCAGGCCUGGCUCAGUAUGGUGUGGUUUCUCACCUCUUCUCCCUGCUGGCUAGCCCACACCUGGACCCUGAGGACAGGCUCUCUGUUUUACUUAUCCUGGGCCACUGCACCGAGGCCUCUGAGGAGCACCAGUCCCAGUUGGUGGAGUGUGGAGGCUUGCCCCUUAUCAUAACGCUACUCACAGAGGAUACAAGUGAGGAGGUUAGAAAAGCUGCUACAUUCAUAUUGCAGACCUGCAAACAGGCCACCAUGUCCUUGGGAGUGUCUGGUCUGGUAGCGAAACAGGGGGAGUGUAAAAAUAUGGAGGCCUUGACAAACAUGGAAGGCUUCAGGAACUCAGCCAGAGAGCUGCUGCACAGAAUUGACCUGCUAGAGAAGAGACAGGCAAAGGAGGCUGAGGACGUGCAAGAAGACACAGACCCAUCAACUUCAACUGAAGGGCUAUGCCAACCAUCUCGAUCUCCUGACUUACCUCUGCCUCUGCAGACGAAGGAGAGCAUUAAAACCAUCCCCACAGCAUUUAGACAGAGCAGCGCUCUCAAGCAUGUAGAAGCAGGGGGUGACAACAACAUUAAACCUCAAACUGCCAGAAAACUGAUCAAGAAUGAGCAGGACAGUGAACUGAAGAACACAAGCUCCAAUUUAAGUAUGGACAAGAAGGCUAAAACCGGUGGAGGGGAUGUGUGGUGUGCAGCAUGCAAGGGUACUGGAUCCCUGAUGUCUUCCCAUCUGCAGUCACUAGAGGGAGGCGGAAAGCCUCAUACAGCAGACAAUGAGUUGUUUAAGCUCCCAGCAACAGUGAGGCACAGUGUACCAAAAGAAAUUAAAUGUACUGAAGAAGAAGAGUUGCAAGACUGUGACUUGAGUAAGGUGGGGGAAACCACCGUGGAGGAACAGUCACUCUCUCAUAUCCGGUGUGCAGGUUGUGUGUUGCCUUUUGAGCAGGUGACUAGUCGCACUUUUGCAUCUUUUCAAAGCUCCUGCGCCCACAGCUGUGACAUGCACAAGGUUCUCCAGGAGGCCACAGAGCGGUUCAGGACUCAUCACUGCAAGCUUCUGUUCAGGAGAGAGUCCCAAGACAACACUGUAGAGCAGACAGACCCAGAGUCUGAGAGAGUUUCAACAGCAGAGGCACAAAGCUGGAAACACUGGAGCGCAGAAAAGGUGUGCUUGACUCCUAUACGUAAAGGAGCAGGGAAAGUCGAGAGCUCCCUGCCAGAACACCACGGGAAGAAGCACAAUGAAUGCGCUUUGAUCCCACUGCACAGAGGAGCUAAAAAGGACAUAUUUACUUCCUACAACAAGACCGGUCCACGCUUGACUCCCCUGAAAAGGUCUGGUCAUCCUGAAGAGAGAAGAAGAGGGAAUAAUAGUGAACAACAUGCUGUUGACGAUGAGCCGAGGACUAGCACAAAUCCCUGUUCCACUAGAAGGAGGAGGAAAGACUUCAGCUGUGAGGAGGUACAUUACCUACUGUGCGGAGUGAACACUUUCGGCUUCUCCUGGAACUCCAUCUUGUGGUCAUACCCCUUCCAACCUGGACGCACCAAUGUUGACCUGGCCAAGAAAUACAGGCGGCUAACGAAAGGAAAAGCCCAGGAUGCUGGCUGUGCAUAACCCUGGUCCUGAGAUCCAGCCCAAUAAUAAAUAAUGGUUCUCUGUUAAUAAUAGCUUUGAUUUAUCUGAAAGACCUUCACUCUUUUCAGUUCAGAACUCUGUAUUUAUUGGGGGGAAAAAUUCCAAAGAAGCAUUUAUUUCUUAGACUCAUAAUAUAUUGUACUCUCAGUAUUUAUAUAGAUUUUAGUACUUUGUAUAUGAUUUUCAUUGUUUGAAAAAAAAAAUUGACAGAUAUUGUUUGUUUUUAUUAUAUGUUAAAGCAUUAAAAUAGGUGUUUAAGA